AUGAGGUUCACUCCUGCGAUCGUUGCGAGCUUCGCGGCUACUGUAGCUGCACACGGCGACCACGGCCACGACCAAGAACCAUUGGCUGGGCCACACGAGGGAUUGUGGUACAACACGCUUCCCGGCGACGGUGGAACUCAAGCCGACUCCAUCUUCUCUGGCAUUUCUACAUUCGGUCGUCUCCCCUACCACCCGUGUCUGUCUAGCAACACAAAGUUUGACAUUGCAUUCAUCGGUGCGCCUUUUGACACUGGCACAUCGUACCGCCCGGGUGCUCGCUUUGGACCCAGCGGUAUCAGACAAGGUUCUCGCCGCCUCAAUCUCUAUGGUGGCUACAACGUCCCACUCGAGGCGAACCCCUUUAAUUCAUGGGCCAAGGUCAUCGACUGUGGUGACAUUCCUGUGACUUCGUACGACAACGGAUAUGCGCUUCAGCAGAUUGAACAAGGUCACAACUUGCUGUUGAGCCGCGAACCAUAUACCCAUGCCGACAAGCCCGGUCCCUCAAAGAAGGGUACUACACUUCCUCGCUUGAUCACCCUCGGAGGCGACCACACCAUCACACUCCCUCUCCUCCGUUCCAUCAACCGUGAAUACGGUCCCAUCACCGUCAUCCACUUUGACAGCCAUCUCGACACGUGGCGUCCCAAAGUCUUCGGCGGCGCCCCCUCGGAACAAGCCAGCAUAAACCACGGCACCUACUUCUUCCACGCCGCACAAGAAGGCCUGCUCGCCAACGACACCAACAUCCACGCCGGCAUCCGGACCACGCUGUCGGGCCCUUCCGACUACGAAAACGACGGCUACUGCGGCUUUGAAAUUGUCGAGGCACGCGAAAUCGACAAGAUUGGCAUCGAUGGCAUUGUCAAGAAGAUCAAGGACAGGGUAGGCACGGAGAAGCCCGUGUAUCUGAGUAUCGACAUUGAUACUCUUGAUCCUGCUUUCGCUCCUGCUACUGGCACGCCUGAGACGGGUGGUUGGACAACCCGAGAACUCCGCACUAUCAUCCGUGGCUUGGAGGGUAUUAACCUCAUUGCUGCUGAUAUCGUCGAGGUGGCUCCUGCUUACGAUACCAAUGCUGAGCUUACUACCAUGGCUGCUGCGGAUACACUUUACGAGGUCAUGACUUUGAUGGUUAAGAAGGGCCCGUUGAGCUACAUGGGUGCUCCUAAGAAGGAGACGAUCGAGUUGUAA